AUGGCCAUAUUAACCAACACACAUGGUCAUUUGUGUAAAGACGGCGAUACUCAUAGUCAUGCUGUUCGGCCUAUUGCCAUCAUUGGUAUGGGAAUGCGACUUCCUGGAAAUGUUAGGACUGGUGACGAAUUUUGGGACCUUUUAAUCAGCCAAAGGGACUGCUCAUCCGAAGUUCCUAAGAGCCGAUACAACGUUGAUGCCUUUUAUCAUCAUGAAAAACUACAAUCAGUGAAGACCCGGCGCGGGUAUUUUCUUGACGAUGAUUAUCUAGAAAAAGCAGAUCAGUCUUUCUUUGAACCGAUACCAGGAUUGAACGUCGCCGACCUCGACCCACAGCAGAUGUCGCUAAUGGAAGUUGUCUGGGAAUGUAUGGAGAAUGCUGGACAGACAGGCUGGCGCGGGAAGAAGAUUGGGUGCUACGUGGGAGUAUUUGGUGAGGACUGGCACGAACAGACGGCCAAAGAGUCACAGGCAAUACCUCGCGUCCAUGCAUUCGCAAACGGAGCUUUUGCAUUGUCGAAUCGAGUUUCUUUUGAGUUUGAUUUGAAAGGUCCCAGUGCGACAAUUCACACAGCUUGUUCGUCAUCUUUGACGGCAUUGCAUGAAGCUUGCGAAUCGCUUUACAGUGGCAGCUGUUCAUCAGCAAUUGUGGCCGGUACCAACAUGUUGUUGAACCCUUCUAUGACCAUCAACAUGUCGGAAAAUGGUGUGUUAUCCCCAGAUGGCCGCUGCAAAGUCUUUGAUGCCAGUGCAGAUGGCUAUGCCCGCGGAGAGGCGGUGAACGCCAUUCUCAUUAAGCCUCUGGAUCAGGCAAUCGUGGAUGGGGAUAAAGUGCGUGCCAUCAUUCGAUCCACUUCGGCCAAUUAUGAUGGGAAAACAGCCAAAAUAUUCGCACCAGAUAUAGAGAGCCAGGAGCGACUAAUCAGAGCGGCUUACAUGAGAGCAAACAUCGAUGAUAUAUCUCAAACAGCUUUCGUGGAAUGUCAUGGGACGGGCACCAAAGUUGGGGAUAUGGUCGAAGCAACAGCCAUUGCCCAAGUAUUUGGAGGAAAGGGUGUGCUGAUUGGAUCUGUUAAAUCAAACAUUGGGCACGGUGAGGGUGCAUCUGGAUUAAGCAGCGUUAUCAAGGCGGUUCUAUCGCUGGAACAUCAUGUCAUCCCUCCAAACAUGCAUUUCUCGCACCCCAAUCCAAAAAUUCCAUUUCAAGCAGGCAACCUUCAGGUUCCUGUUCAACCCACACCGUGGCCUUCAGAUCGAAUGGCCCGGGUGAGCGUGAAUUGUUUUGGUAUUGGAGGGAGCAAUGCCCACGUUAUCUUGGAUUCUGCAUCCGCCGCCAAUUUAAUGCCCCGAAAAGAGAUUGAGCGAGCAAUAGAUGCCUAUAUUGUCGCUGUGUCAGCCCAAAGCCAAGAAGCGCUUGGAACUCGACUCAUUGACAUUCAAAGGUACUUGCAAGAGAGACCUCAGGCUAUUGAGGACAUCGCAUAUACUCUAGGGGCUCACCGAGACCAUUUAUCUCAUCGGGGAUAUCUAAUAUCUGACAGCGCAGGCAGCGUGACCAGUUUCAAGUCUAAUGUUUCAGUAGUCCACACAGAGCCAAGUCUGGUAUACACAUUUACUGGCCAGGGAGCUCAUUGGGAUGGUAUGGGGAAAGACCUGUUCAACUGCUUCGAAACAUUUCGCCGUGAUAUUUAUGUCAUGGACCAGGCUUUACAAGGACUUGAAUUGCGUCCCACAUGGAAAAUUGAAGUCGAAAUUCAAAAGUCGGAAAUCUCAAACUCUAUUGAUCCAACGGAGUACUCCCAAACCAUGUGUGCGGCUAUCCAAAUUGCUCUCGUAAAUCUAUUCUCCAGCUGGGGCAUUCGACCAUCUGCCGUUGUUGGGUAUUCCAGCGGGGAAGUUAUUGCCGCCUAUGCCGCAAAUGCCAUUUCAAUGCGUACAGCCAUCAUAGUUGCAUAUUAUCGAGGGCGUUGUCUCAAACACGUCUCGCGAAACGGAGCAAUGGCUAUGGUUAGCCUCGGGAAAGAAGAAAUUGCUUAUUUCCUAACAGAUGGGGUAUUUAUCGCCUGUGUGAACAGCCCCAACAGUGUCAAUAUAUCAGGAGAGAAACCGAAGGUGAUGGCUGUCUGUAGCAAUAUCGUCAAGGAGAAGCCAGAAACAAUCAUUCGACACCUGCCAUUGAAUAUUGCCUAUCAUUCACCCCACAUGCAAAAGGCUGCUUCGGCUUUUGAGACAAACUCUGCAUCAUAUUUGGUAUCACGGGUUGAUCAGCCUCAUCCAAUGCUUCCCCUUUACUCGACUGUCACAGGGACGAAGCAGUCGGAUGCCAACGCUCUUGAUGCCAGUUACUGGCGAGAAAGUCUUGUGUCUCCAGUCCUUUUUUCUUCCGCUGUUCGGAACCUACUAAAGGAAGGGAACGGCUACAGUACAAUAGUCUUCAUGGAAAUAGGAUGUCAUCCAACGCUGUCUGGUUUUUUACGCCAAAUUCAAUCGGUUCAGGCACUCGAAAAUCCUUAUGUCCCCACUCUCCGAAAAAACAGCGAUCAAGUUGGCUGUAUAUUCAAGGCUGUUGGCGAGUUGUUCUCUCAUGGAUGUUCAAUCAACUUUUCUACCAUUCAUUCAGGGGAAAUUGUCACCAGCCUCCCAAAUUACCCAUGGGAUAGAAAGAAGUUUAUAUGGCAAGAGAGCCGUCUAAGCCGCAAUUGGAGAUUUCGAAAGCAUCAUCAUCAUGAACUUCUGGGAUCGCGCAUGCUGGAAGCAACAGAUAUUGAGCCAUCAUGGAGAAAUAUCAUGGGUCUAUCUACCGUUCCAUGGAUCAAAGAUCAUCGAGUGUUGGGCGAAGUUGUGUUUCCAUGUGCUGGCUAUGUUGCGAUGAUCAACGAAGCGAUACGUCAACAAAACAACACGCAACAUUGCACAAUUCGUAAUCUUCACAUCAAAAUUCCGCUCAUCUUGCCUGAAUCUGGCCUCAGUGUGGAGAUAAUCACCACCAUGCGACAGAUGCGAAUCAAUGAUCGACUUGAUUCGAAUUGGUACGAGUUCACUAUAUCAUCUUAUGAUGGAAUUGACUGGACGAAGCACACCGUGGGUCAGGUUUUAGCUGGCAUAGAAGAUUCAAACAUGAGCGCCGCUGUUCCGCAAGAAUUUCCGAGAUCAGUUUCUUCGCCGUUUUGGUAUGAUCAACUAUCGAAGUUGGGCCUUCAAUAUGGUUCAUCAUUCCAAGGUCUGCAGGACAUAACCGCAGACCCUGUCAGCCACACGGCAAGCGCGAGGAUAUCUGGAAGGUUCGAGGGAUCUGAGCACAAUAAUAGCCUGCAUCCGACUGCGAUAGACCACUGUUUGCAGCUUUUUAGUGUUGCAGCCUGCAGAGGAAGAGCAAUUCAUCUUAGGGAUCUACUCGUCCCCGUUUUCAUCGAUGAAGUUUAUCUGAAAGAGACUCGGGAUAUGUUGAAGGCUGAAGUCACAGCAUCGCGUUUGUCUGGGAUUCAAGGUCAGGGAAACGUCACACUAAUGUCCGAUGACCAUUUGGUGCUCUUCAUGAAAGGAGUAAGGCUAGCCCGAAUGCCUCAAAGCAAUAAGACAGAGGCCACAGGUGUACCUCUUUUGUCCCACUGUGAAUGGCUACCGGCUCUUGAUUUUCUUCCUAGUCAUCUUCAACUCCCUGAAACAAACAUAAACAAAAAUACUGCUGAGUUGAUUGCCAGAUUUAGCAGGUUUCUCAUGAUUCAGUUACAUCAAAAUGUCUGCAGAGCAAAUGUCGGAUCGCAAAGCCCAAGGUUCAAAGUAUGCCCAGAGGCCUCAAUCAAUCAAUCAAAGAAUCAGGCUAGCUUGCUCGCUCCAAACGCACAGGAUCCUGCUUAUGAUAGCAAUAGUCCUCGAGGUGAAUGGCUUUCAUUGGAGCAACAGCUUAAGGCUGCAAAUCUCGAUUUUAUCUCCCAGCUCUAUCAACAAGCACUGGCAGAAAGUCCAUCGACACCAGAGGACGAAAGAAAUCCAUCUUAUAUGAGGAAACUUGACCCUUAUCAAAAACUUCAGGACUGGAUUUUGUCUACUUAUGAUCUUUCUGAAUGGUUUUCCCUUCUACGUCACUCCAAUCCUAGACUUAGUAUCCUUGAAAUAGGGGCAGGUAAGGGAUUCUUCAGUUCCAACAUUCUUCAGCAUUUGACCUGUGAUGGAAUUACUCUUUGCUCGCAUUAUAUGGCCACAGACACACUGCAUGUGGAAGACGCUCUAAAAGAACGCCUUAAAGAUUAUGAAAAUGUCGAAUUCAAGACUCUCGAUCUUAAUCAUGACCUUUUUGCACAAGGGUUUGAUCACAGUCGUUAUGAUCUCGUCAUUGUAUCAAAGAUUGAAUCUCGUACUGCAAGUCUAGGGAAUGCUUUGAGGGCAGUUAGGAAGCUUCUUGCUCCCGGAGGGCGACUCUUACUUCAUGAAGUGGGCGCAGCUCUUUCAGCGGUUAAUUACCUACUGGAUGCCUCCCACACUGGGCAAUUUGAAGAGUCUGUGCCUGACCUUGAUAGCAAGCCUAUGCCCAGCAAUUUUUGGAAUAGUGAGCUUCUACAAGCAGGCUUUCUUGGGGUUGAGGCAGACACCUAUAACGGUGAGAUGUCAAACUACCUUUCUCGAACACUGAUCUCUAGUAUACCUCUUCAAGGUUGUCUGCACGACAGCACGGUCUAUCUACUAUGUCAUGACAUAAUGAGCAGCCAUAUUUGGAUCAAGCAAGUUGAAGACCACUUUUUACAGAAUGGCCUCACAACUCAGCGUCUCUUGACGAGCGAUAAAAUACAGCCCAAGCAACACAUCAUCUCACUGCUUGAUCUCGAUAGCCCAUUCUUCUCACAUAUCAGUGAGAAGAACUGGAAGGCACUGCAGUAUCUCAUUGAAAAUUUCCAUCAGAUUAUCUGGGUGACUAAACUAGUUGAAUUUGAUUGCGAAAACCCAGACUUUUCCCUCGUGAUGGGAGUUUCUCGGACAGCACGACAAGAGCAAGAAGUUGCAUUUGGAACUUUCCAAGUCGACAACUUUGACUCUAUGGCAGCAGAGGCUUUACUAAAAAUUUCUAGGAAGUUUUUCAAGUCGACAGAUCAAAGUGGGUUGGUCGACAUGGACUACGAAUUUGCACUUCAUCAUAAUUUCAUCUAUAUUCCACGCAUGCAGUGGAGCUCUUUUGCAGACAGACUUUUACAGGAGGCGGACAUUACAUCUCCAAUCAAACUUCAGAUAGCGUCUUACGGAACAUUAGCCUCGAUACACUGGGAAGAACACAUCUCAAAUCAGCUGCCAUCUGAAAAUGAGAUUGAGGUUGAUGUGAAAUUCGUGGGGCUCAACUUCAGAGAUGUGAUGAUAGCACUAGGUGUUAUUGCCAACAAGGAUGAGCUUGGGAUCGAAGCCAGUGGGAUUGUACAGCGAUGUGGACCUGGGGUGUCACAGUUCAAGCCAGGCGACCGGGUUAUGAUCAUGAAAACAGGACUAUUUCGCACAAUUACAGUGCUACAUACAAGUCAAUGUGUUGCUAUACCUUCAGGACUUUCUUUGGAAGAUGCUGCUUCAAUGCCCACGGUUUAUGCGACCGUGGUUUAUUGUCUCUUGGAUGUUGGGAGAUUGGACGCGGGACAGUCUGUUUUGAUUCAUGCAGCUUGUGGAGGAGUAGGUCUUGCUGCAAUACAGGUUUGUCGGAUGAUGGGAGCGAAGAUUUAUGUCACAGUGGGAAGUUCUGAGAAGGCGGAAUAUCUUAUUAAAAGCCAUGGUAUUUCAUCUGAUUGCAUAUUCAGCUCUCGAAACACUUCCUUCUUUCCCGCGCUCAUGGCCAAAACGAAGGGACAAGGUGUUGACAUUGUACUAAACUCGCUUGCUGGAGAACUUCUUCACGCAUCCUGGAAAUGUGUUGCUGAGUUUGGUAAGAUGAUUGAAAUUGGGAAGCGAGAUUUCCUAGAGCACGGCACUCUGAGUUUGGAGGAAUUUGGUGGAAACCGAGCUUUCUUUGGGGUUGAUCUCAUUCGACUUGCACAAAGGCCAGGCCUGCUUAAGAAGCUUGUUCAUAAGGUUAUAAAAUAUUACGAACAAGGGAAGAUUUCCCCAGUUCGCCCACUCAACGUGGUUGAGGGGGUUCAUAUACACAAAGCAUUUCGUUCUCUCCAGCAGGGCUUGCAUAUUGGGAAGAUUGUCGUGAAGAUGCCAGGUACUUCCCAGCGAUCUUUGAUUGCGAAGUCUCGUCGUCGUGCACAAUUCUCGCCAAAGCUUUCAUAUAUCCUAGUGGGUGGCUUAGGGGGAGUUGGGCGAGCCAUCGCAACCUGGAUGAUAGAGCAAGGUGCCCAAAAUUUGACCUUCUUAUCACGUUCGGCAGGCUCAACAAUUCAAGAUCAGUCAUUCCGUCAUGAGUUAGAGACACUGGGUGGUCAAAUUGUCAUGGCAAAGGGCAGCGUGACGAACGUAAAUGAUGUUCGAGACGCUAUAAAAGCUUCUCCGUGCCGUAUUGGAGGAGUGCUUCAGCUAUCCAUGGCUCUCAGAGACCAAUUCAUUCCAGACAUGAGCCACAAACAUUGGGAAGAUGGGAUCAAUGCUAAAGUGGACGGAACUUGGAAUCUUCAUCAUGCCUUGGAUGGUCAACAUGAUUCUGUCCAAUUUUUUGUUCUCUGCGGCUCAAUUACAGGCGUAAUGGGAAAUUCUGGCCAAGCCAACUACUCCGCAGCAAAUACGUUUGUCUCUUCAUUUGCACAGUAUCGGUUGCAAAACGGACUUCCCGCAUCUGUGGUGAAUCUAGGAGCAGUCGAUGAUGUUGGCUUUUUGGCCACUCAAGAUCUUAAACUCCGAGAACGAAUGCGAUCAGCGUCGGUAAGACUGCUCAGUGAGGAAGAAGUUCUAGAUGCAUUCGAGCUUGCCAUUCUAUGCGGAGAUUCCAAGAAGGCUAAACACACUUGCAACAAUCUUCAGAUGCCACUUCGUAUAUCGAACAACUUCAUUGUCGGUAUGAGCUCUAUAAAGCCUCUCACCAACCCCUCUGUACGUUCCUUGUGGGGUCAAGAUGCUCGUUUUCGCGCCUACGGAAAUCUUGAUACCAGACUCGAAACAUCUCAAGAUUUAAGCAAAGAUGGUUUUAGCCUUCACCAGAUGAUCUCGACCGUGAAAAAAAACCCAGAGGUCCUGAAUGAUCCAUCGGGAGAGAGCGAAGUGAUAGUACAAAUUGUGAAGAAUGUGCAAGUAUAUUCCAACUUUGCUCCAGGGCUGGACUAUGCGCAGGUCGCUGCUAUGCAAAUUGACUCUCUCAUGACUGUUGAGAUCAGAAAUUGGAGUCGUCGUUAUCUGGACCUGGACGUGCCCCUAACGUCAAUAGUCAAAGCGGGCACCAUUGAAGGAUUAGGCAAACUUAUCAUCAAUGUUCUGCGCUCAAAGUAUCAGAAGGAGUAA